AUGAAGUUAUUUGGGAACAGUGGGGCGUGCAGUGCGUGUGGUCAGUCCAUCCCAGCCAGUGAACUGGUUAUGAGGGCACAGGGAAACGUGUACCAUCUCAAGUGUUUCACAUGUUCUACCUGCCGGAACCGGCUGGUCCCUGGUGACAGGUUUCACUACAUCAACGGCAGCUUGUUCUGCGAACACGACAGACCCACAGCACUCAUCAACGGCCAUUUGAGUUCACUGCAGACUAACCCUCUACUGCCUGACCAGAAAGUGUGUUAGGAUGCCGGUGUUGCUCAAAGCAGGAUGUGUGCCUUCAUUUCAGCCCCUCACUCAUUGUCACCCAAGACCUUUUCGGAUCGGACCCCAUCCCACUCCUUUUCUCAAAGUUCCGCUACUCCGAAACAGAGCACCAAUCUCAGGCUUGAGCUCCACCUUGACCUACAAUAGCCAGAGCCGCCCUUUACUCCAAACUCCUGAAUCAUGGAUGGAAAAUACCCAUGAGGCCCUGGAGGGGGAAUACUGAGGACUCUAUGAACUGACCCAGGCGAGACCUCUGAUCCUGAGGGACUCAAAGACUGAAAGGGAGAGAGACCAGCUGGAGAG